AUGGACCAGACAGACGGCGCUGCUGGCGGCGGAGCGGGCUAUCCCGCUGGACAGUACCGCCAUCCAAACAUGAGGCAUCACGGACCGGGCCCGUAUGCACCACCGAGGAUGCAGUCAAGACAACAGUGGCCGAAUGCCGGGCCCCAGCCGAACCACAACAACGCUGACGCCAGAGACGCGUUCGGGCAUCCAAUGCAAGGCCGCCCUUUCCGCCCGCCGAAUCCGCCCUCGGGCUCAAUGCGGCCCUCGAGAGCUCCUAGACCGGUCCUCCAACUGAGAUCCGAUGGCCAUGUGACCCCAGACCUCGUUUCACCCCGGAGCGAUUCCUUUUUCUACUCCCGGCCGGCUAGACCUUGCCCGAGCCCGACGCCGACUAUCUCACAUUACCCGCCAUCCCACCGAGCGAGAGGCGAGUCAACGCCCACACAAAGACAGCCUAGAUCUGCCUUCCCGGGACUUUCCUCUAAUCCCUUCAUCCCAGAGGCAGCCGAACAUGAGGCAUCAUCACCUGCCGAGACGCGCAGGUUUCCGUUGCUCGCCCGGCAACCUGAACAAUUAGGCCGCUCGUCGCCCGUCGAGAGACGCCAGGCGACGCCAACGGAACCGGGCAUGGUGGAAAACUUCUCCCGUCCACGGAAGGCGAGUGUGAGGUUGCAGCAAUCGGACGGAGCUUUGUCGCGGCACAUGGCGGCGCAUGGACUGCAUGCUGAGCCGCAGCAGCUGGAUCAGUCACCAACGGCCAACCGCCAAGCCCCAACCGACUUCCAGACGCCGCAGAAUCCUCGGCCCAGGGCCCGGCGUCUUUCAGGCUCGUCGUCCCAGUCAUCCAGCACUUUCUCCUCAAUACCCCGUCAUCCAAGUCAUGAUUACCUCGGCUCUGCACCUCGAAGCGAUUCGUUACGGCACGCCAAUCCCGGUGUUUUGAGCCCUCCGCCGGCAUUUGGCAGAUUGCCUCCGAAUCACCAACAGUACAGCGGCACACAAGGACACCUUAGGGACGUGCCGCCUUGGUUGGCGAGUGGUGAGGAGCUUCGGUCGAGUUUCCGGUCUCAACUUACAUCGUCAACAGCACAAGGAACGGUGUUCACCGCGACCGGAACCGAACGAAACAGCAUCGUGACUAAGGCGAGCAGCAUCACGGAGCAGUCCAUCAUCAAUGGCUAUGCGCGAAGGAGCUGGAGGCAGAACUCAGUGGACGACGGACCCAGUCUCGAGGACGUCAUGGGCAUGUACGAAAGGGGGUUCAAUGAUUCGGAUAUUGAGAGCGUGCGCCGCAGCAUGAAAUUCCCCGACGAGGAUGACAUACCGGAAACUCCGGUCGAUGUUGAGGCGCCGGAACCGUGCGGUUCACGGCCGGCCAGCUCUCAUUCCGACGCCAGCGGGCUGCGGGCGAAGAUGUUGGAAGCCAUGAAUGAUAGUCUCCCGACCCCGAGAGCGAUACCAAUUCCCGAGUCGGACGCCGCCUCAAGAAGGCAGUCAAGAGCUCGAUAUUCCCUGAUGCCCGGCUCCUUGCCGUCAGAUGUCGGCCUGGGGCUAGCGGCCGAGCACAUGGCGAAGAGACGAAGCAAAGAGGCGCCGAGUAGCAUCGAGGAACACGACUCCGCCAAGCUGCUGGAUGGCGAUAUCGAGCAGGCCAGCGUAGCAGAUCAAGAUGGCCGGUCCCCUUCACCAACUUCGCCAGGCUCGCCGGCGCAAGCACGGCCAUCAUCGCCGAACUUGCCAUCGCCAAACACUACCACACCAGCACCUAUGCCUAUGCCGCGCCUUCCGCAGGAGCCCCCAGAGGAGCCCGGCAGUCGCGAUCGGUACGGGUUCCGGAAGGCGAGCGCUAACGUCACUCGCCAGGAGUAUGAUGCCUGGGACGCCGGCUACAGCGAGUAUCUGGCACGACGGCGCAAGAAGUGGAUCGCGUUCCUCAAGGACAAUUCUCUGAUGACGGACCGACCGAACCGAUUUCCCCCGCGCAGUGCAAAGACGAAGCGGUUUAUCCGAAAAGGGAUCCCCCCGGACUGGAGGGGGGCUGCGUGGUUUUACUAUGCUGGUGGACCAGCCAUCCUGAGCAAGCACCGCGGCGUCUACGAGCAACUGGUGCGGCGGGCCGGCCUGGAUCCAACCGGGUCGGGCAGAAUACCGGAUCGGACAGGGGAGGUGAAACCCUUGAUCGUGGAGGAUAUCGAAAAGGACUUGUACCGAACAUUUCCCGACAACGUACGGUUCAAACCCCCGCCACCGCCACCGGGGGAGCCCGCGCCCGAAAUCGCUCCUUCACAGCCGGCCCCGGAGCCCGAAAUCAUCACGUCGCUCCGGCGCGUCCUGCACGCUUUCGCACUCUAUAACCCUCGCAUUGGCUAUUGUCAGUCAUUGAAUUUCCUCGCCGGGUUGCUGCUACUCUUUGUCGAGAACGAGGAGCAGGCAUUCUGGCUUCUGAAUGUCAUUACUAGGGUCUACCUGCCAGGUACCCACGAGAUGAGUCUGGAAGGGUCGAAGGUCGAUCUCGGCGUGCUCAUGAUCGCUCUGAAGGAUUCCAUGCCAGGUGUGUGGAAGCAGAUCGGUGGCGACGAGUUCGAAGCGGGCAAGAAGAGCAAGGGGAAACGGGGUCACAAGGCAGCAGCCCACGGUGGCAGCAUCAGCGAUCCUCACCGCCUCCCCGCCAUCACGCUGUGCAUGACGGCCUGGUUCAUGUCCUGCUUCAUCGGCACUCUGCCCAUCGAAACGGUCCUCCGCGUCUGGGACGUCUUCUUCUACGAGGGCUCACACACGCUGUUCCGCGUCGCCCUAACCAUCUUCAAGCUGGGCGAGCGCGAGAUCAAGGCGGUGCAGGAUCCCAUGGAGAUGUUUGGCGUCGUGCAGACCUUCCCGCGGCGCAUGCUCGACUGCAACAUGCUCAUGGAGACGUGCUACAAGCGGCGCAACGGCAUCGGCCACCUCAGCCAGGAGUCGGUCGAGGAGAAGAGGCAGGAGCGCCGCGAGGGCAUCCGCAGGUGGAAGGCUGAGCAGGAGGCCGCGGCAAACGAUGCCAACGGCCCGCGACCGGCCACAAAGCACCGGUUCGGCGCCGCCGCGUUUGGCCUGGAUCUCGCGACCGACUUGGAUGAUGUCCGCCGCAAGGCGACACUGUUUGGGCGGAAAAAGGACCGCGAGCAGAUCCGAGCUGCCGAGGUGGUGUAG